ACGGGGAUCCAGUGGUGUAACCUGUUUGAGCCGGUGACAGUGGACGAUGACUUCUCCCUGGCCCAUGUGCUGGGGCUGCUGCUGCUGGAUGCCCUGCUCUAUGGUCUGGUGGCCUGGUACGUGGAGGCUGUGUUCCCAGGGGAGUACGGAGUCCCCCUGCCCUGCUACUUCUUCCUACUGGUACGUAGGGGUGGGUGUAGGUUGGGUCUGGGGUCAUUAGGGUUAGGCGGAUGUCUUUGAUGGUUUCUUUAAGUUCCACUAGGGUUAGGGUUAGACAGAUAGCAAUUUGAGUUCAACCAAUGAGCUUCAGAGUGACAGCUAGCAAGAGGCGCACACACAGCAGAGUGAGAGAGAGAGCAAUGACAUGGUGCACAUAUCUGCACAUAUGUGACGUGGAACGCCAUUUUCAGGGACCAUGGGUGCUACUUUCAUAACUACUGGCUAAAAAAGUAGGGCUAUGGUUAGACGGAUGACUUUGAUGGUUCCUUUAAGGUCCACUAGGGUUAGGAGAAUGUCUGAUGGUUCCUUUAAGGUCCACUAGGGUUAGGAGAAUGUCUGAUGGUUCCUUUAAGAGGGGAGGGAGAUGUUCUUAAUAGCCACUUAGCAUUAAACAGGCCAGACUAGGAUGACUUGGAUUGACUACCAGUAAAAUAGACUAAGAUGAUCACAUUUUCAAUGACUCUCUGCUGGAAGGGAAACAUGUAUUUCAUUUGCUGACGUUGCAUCCAGUAAUGAACAAUAGUCUUAGUCAGCAUGAGUUGGCUUGAUAGAGAGAGAGAGAUGAGAAUAGACAAGGAAAUGACUCUAGACAACUAUACAAUGCAAUGCUUGUAUUGUCCAUUUCCAUGGAAAUUCAUUUUGUGAGGUCAGCAAUACUUUGCAGCAAUAGUGCUUAUUCCCUCCCUACUCAAUAGGCCCUUUUCACGUGACGUCAGACAACUUCCGUUCUGCCGCGAUGCAGGUUAUGUUUACAUCCGGUGUCGCUUAGGAACGCUUAGCUAGUAGCACAUCAUUAUGGAGUUCACCCAGUCCCUUUCACAUCUGCCACCAAUACGACUUAACGACGUAGAACGACUUGCUGACAAGUGGUCCCUUACUUCAAGAUCGAAGCUUGAUAAAGGCUACAAGUUCUUCGUUGAAGGUUACCUGUUUGAUUAUGAAGGUACGUGUUUAUCUUUAUUUAGCUUAAAUUAGCCCUAUGCUAGCGAAGGUUAUGAGCUGACGAGUUUCUGUUUUGCAGCCUCUUUUUAAUAUUACUGCUGUUUGUAUCGACCGUAAGAUAAGAGUCAGUAAUGUAUUAAUGGCUAAUGCUGCGCCCUUUCUCCCAAUCACUGUAUUGAAACAGUCUCAAGUGUAGUUAACGGUGAGGUGACAGUGAGAGGGCGAUGUUACAGGUCCAUGAAGAAAAAUGAGGAGGCUCAUCGGCUUCAGGUUUCUCAGAUAAACAGUUCUCUAACAUUAUGAUAAGAUAGGUUAAGAUAGAUAAGUUUUCUUUUUGUUGUGUUUUGCUGCGGUUGCAGAUUUAAUAAGAAUGAUUCCACAAAGUUCCAUCUGUGACACAAAAAUUAAAAAGGAGUGGAUGCUGCUUCUUAACUGUCAGGUGCUGGAUCUCAAUUUCUAGGGACAACACUUGCAGCUCCAACUCUCGAAUUCUUUGAGUAGCACUGUCCAGUUUACCUUAAGGGGAAGAAAAAGCAUACAUGUUGGUAGGUUAGUUAUUACUCAUCUAUCCCAUCCCAUUUUCAAUAAAUAAAACUGAAGAAGCUUCUAAGAUGGAUGAGGUUUAAAACGCCAAGUCUUUUCACAGAGAGACCAGUUACUCCAAAUCGUAGUAUAAAAUAGUAUUUUUACUUAACUGCCAUAUACUUUUACUUUUUUUGCCAAACAGAUACAUGGUUACUCUUAUUUGUAAUACUAACCAGGAGAAGGACGGCAGGCAUAGUCGUGAUCGUUUGUCACUGCAGGCAAAGCACCCUCUGUGCUGUCAGGCAUCUCAUGAUCAGAAUCAUCCAGGACAGCAACACCAAGACGCUUUCUUGCUCGCUGGUAAACUGACUCCCGAGCUUGUGAGCCGCCUCCUAUAUGUGUGAAAUUAACCAUAUGCUUGUCAUGAUACAUUUUGGUAAUCACUUUUCAGUCCCUAAAAUGACAAAAUGUAGCAGCUAUAUUGCAUCAGGAUUAAAUUAUUAAACAUUUUGUACAAGUAAUAUAUUAUUGGAUUACAGUAGUAUUACGUUUAACGCUGUCUACCUAUCCUUACCCCAAUCAUUCCAGUGGAAUCUAGACGGCACUGAUCCCUGUUUAAUACGGAUCCGUCCACUGGCCGAUGUGUAUCUAUCCUCAGGGGGAAAGUGCUGACUGCAAACAAAGGUGCUCCCACGAAGAAUCUUAAAACUUGGUCCCUCAUCUCUCCUGAUCGCCCUCACCCAACGGGCACCUAUUUCUCCAUCAACAGGGAAAUCGUGAAAACUCAGAUACGGGAAUUUCUGUUUGUUGUUUGAACAAAAUGGUACACUGCAAUAGCAUCUUCUCGAAGAUUGUGCCAUGCUUCGGUGUUGGAUGGGAUACUGUUGCGAUACAGACACCGGGAGAAAAGAAACAGCUAAAUUAACAUUCAGCUUUGACCAGGAAUCAAUAUUUAUCUAGCUAUCAUGCACAACAGUAUUUGAAUAGGUGAGUUACUAUACAUUCAUGAAUAAACUAACUGCCUAACAAAGGGUUAGAUAGCUAGCUAAGUAAACUUGUUACAUUACAGCCAGGCAGCAAUGUAACGCUACCUUUUAACGUUAUCGGUAUCUGGUACUAAGUUGUUGUUAGCUAACGUUAGCCCACUUUUAAGUAACUAAGGCAGUGAACAAUUAUGAAUUAACAAUAACGUUAGCAAGUUACAAACCAUUGCAUAUACGUAAACAUUAUUACUCUUAACUUUACUAAUUUAACUUAAACGUACCUUUUGGAAUUUCUUCAAGUAGCUAGCUUGCUAGUUAGUGGUCAACAGUUGUAUUUUCGUUGAGAAGUCUCAGGUUACGGGCGAACGGAAGUGAAGUUAACCUGCUACGCGGAAAGGCGGAAGUUAGAUGACGUCAUCGUGAAAAGGGCCUAUUAAACAUUCCAUAGAGUCCUUUAGAUUAUUGUAAUUGAUAUGCUAACUGCUUAACGAGAAUGGGAUGGAUAACUAUUUAAUUAAGCAUAAAACAGCCCACCCACAUCGCAACCUUAAUUUACAGUCACAGCUGUUGUUCUCCUUCAAGAGGGACGUUUUGUUGAUUUAGUUUGGUGUGUGUGUGUGUUUCCAAACUCGGUCCUCGGGACCCCAAGGGGUGCACAUUUUGGUUUUUGCCCUAACACUACACAGCUGAUUCAAAUAAUAAACAAAUCAUCCAGCUUUGAUAAUUUGAAUCAGCUGUGUAGUGUUAGGGCAAAAACCAAAACGUGCACCGAGUUUGGGAAACGCUGGUGUAGUGUCUUGAUAAGGAGCAAAGAGACAGAGAGACAGUUUUUCUAACAACUCAAUUACUUCCCCAUUAGCGGCUGUAUAGGGUGGUUUUGUUUUGUUUUGUUUUGGAUGCAUUGCCAUUGACCUUAGUUUGGGUCUCAUUGAAUUGUUUUCGAUCCAAAGCCCCUGCUAACACACCUGACUCCAAUAACCAACUAAUCAUGAUCUUCAGUUUAGAAUGCAAUUAGUUUAAUCAGCUGUGUUUGCUAGGGAUGUGGAAAAAGUGUGACACCACUCCGGCCCGAGGACUGGAGUUACCCAUCCCUGACUAGGUCAAGGUUUACUCCAUAGACAAGACCUUUGAUAGAGGCAUCUUUCUGAUACUGACCAUAAGGGUACGAGCUGAGGAAAGAGAAGCAUUCCACUGAUUCUCUCCUCUCUCUCUCUCUGUCUCUCUCUCUGUCUCUCUCUCUCUGUCUCUCUCUCUGUCUCUCUCUCUGUCUCUCUCUCUCUCUGUCUCUCUCUCUCUCUCUCUGUCUCUGUCUCUCUCUCUCUCUCUCUGUCUCUCUCUCUCUCUCUCUGUCUCUCUCUCUCUGUCUGUCUCUGUCUCUCUCUCUCUCUCUCUGUCUGUCUGUCUAUUAAUCUAAUCUAAUCUAUAGCCAUCCUACUGGUGCAGUAGCCCCCGCAUGGCCAUGGAGAAGGAAGAGGAGGACGUGGAGAAGGCAUUGAAGGGAGAGUUCAUUGAGGAGGAGCCAGCCGGCCUGGUCUCAGGAGUCAAGAUCAAACACCUGAACAAGGCAAGGUCUUAAAUGCAACCUGUCCACCCAGUCCCAAAAUCGAUCCCUACCCCUCCCCUUGGCUGUAACCCUAUGAUGUCUUUAGAUCUGUAAGGUGGAAGCAACACGGUGGAAGCUCCUCCACUACACUGCUUAUACUGUCCAGACCCUUCAGUUCCCUAAGCAUAGAAGGUUAGGGCCAAGGAGUUGGGAGCGCAUUGGGACUGAGACAUCAAGUGAUAGAACACGUUAAAAAAAUAAAGAACGAAACCCCCUUGUAGCUUUACCAUUAUGGGAGUGUGUGUUUAUUUCAGAGUGGUCCUCAACAUGUAAAAGAGCAUCUCAUUUCAUAUUGUUAUGUAAUGAUAAUUUUGAACCUGAACUAGGCAGGAGGAGAUUUUUUGUAAGUUUUCUUCCGUUUGAAGAUUAAUGAACACAACCCAGGGCUGGGUGGAUAAAAAACGUGGCUAAAUUUGGGAGAAGGAGAUGAGGAGAAGGUGAUUAUGAUGCUGGGCCCUUAGACCCAGGGGUGGAGAUGGACAAUAAAGACCAUAAUAAUGACUUCCCCCAGGGAUAGGUUGGUCAUUGUAAUCAUUUAUAUGUAAUGCUUUUAAUCCAGGAUAGGCUGGCCAUUGUAAUCAUUUAUAUGUACAGGGCGGCAGGUAGUUUAGUGGUUAAGAGCAUUGUGCCAGUAACCGAAAGGUCGCUGGUUCUAAUCCCCAUGCCGACUAGUUGAGAAAUCUGUCGAUGUGCCCUUGAGCAAGGCACUUAACCCUAAUUGCUCCUGUAAAUCGCUUUGGAUAAGAGCGUCUGCUAAAUGACCAAUUUAUUUUAUAUGUAAUGCUUUUAAUCCAGGGAUAGGCUGGCCAUUGUAAUCAUUUAUAUGUAAUGACUUUAAUCCAGGGAUAGGUUGGCCAUUGUAAUCAUUUAUAUGUAAUGACUUUAAUCCAGGGAUAGGUUGGCCAUUGUAAUCAUUUAUAUGUAAUGACUUUAAUCCAGGGAUAGGUUGGCCAUUGUAAUCAUUUAUAUGUAAUGCUUUUAAUCCAGGGAUAGGCUGGCCAUUGUAAUCAUUUAUAUGUAAUGACUUUAAUCCAGGGAUAGGUAGGCCAUUGUAAUCAUUUAUAUGUAAUGCUUUUGAUCCAGGGAUAGGUUGGCCAUUGUAAUCAUUUAUAUGUAAUGAUUUUAAUCCAAGGAUAGGCUGGCCAUUGUAAUAAUUUAUAUGUAAUGCUUUUGAUCCAGGGAUAGGUUGGCCAUUGUAGUCAUUUAUAUGGUUGGCCAUUGUAGUCAUUACAUUUUAAUCUUGCCAGGAGUUCAAAGUGGGUAACAAGACGCGGCAGGCUGUCAAGGACCUGACGGUGAACAUGUUCGAGGGCCAGAUCACGGUUCUGCUGGGGCACAAUGGAGCCGGAAAGACGACCACACUGUCCAUGCUGACAGGUGGGACACGCACACACAGCCAUACACAUUGCUACUUUUCCCUUGUACAAUCUACAGACGGAAUUGAAAACAGUAAUGAUGCUAACAGAACCAAAAGCAUAGACAGUCCAGUGUUUUCACUCUAAAACCAAACUCACAAUAGGCUUUGUAUUGUAUAACUCACUCCUUAUGUUUCUCUGUGUAUCCUCCAGGUAUGUUUCAGUGGCAGGGACUACACUAACAGCUAUGUUUCUCUGUGUAUCCUCCAGGUCUGUUUCAGUGGCAGGGCCUACAUUAACAGCUAUGUUUCUCUGUGUAUCCUCCAGGUCUGUUUCCUCCCAGCAGUGGCAGGGCAUACAUUAACGGCUAUGACAUCUGUCAGGACAUGGCUCUGAUUCGCCACAGCCUGGGCCUGUGUCCGCAGCACGACGUGCUCUUUGACAACCUCACUGUCCGGGAGCACCUGCUCUUCUACGCACAGGUAAGACAUGCAAACACGCACGCAGAGACAGACAGGCGCAGAGACAGACAGGCGCAGAGACAGACAGGCGCAGAGACAGACAGGCGCAGAGACAGACAGGCGCAGAGACAGACAGGCGCAGAG